UUUGGGCAGACCCAGGCGGCGGCGGUGGCGGUGGCGGCGGCGUCCAGAUCGCUCUCUGCCGCCUGCGCCUUCGCCUAGGUGCCUUGAGCUGCUACCGCCUCCCACGUGCGCGGUGGGCCAGCCAAGCGCACCUUCCUUCUUUCCCCCGCUUUUGCAUUUUUGUAACUUUCCCCUCCUGUCUUCCCUUCUCUCUAGCCCUACUUUUUGCAUAAAGGAAAAAAGUUGUAUCGAAAGUGUCCACCAAUUGCCACCUCCCCAUUAUCCUUCCUUCAUUCCCGCCUUACUUUUUUUUUUUUUUUUUUUUUUGAAGCGGCGUCAACGUUUUUUAGGGUUUAUUUUGUUUUACGAUAGUUUCCUUUGCUUGGUCCCGGAGGCAGUUGAUCGACGGAGUGGCGUGGACCUCAUGUAGAAAUGACAACAAUGGAAGGGGCCAGCGGGUCGAGUUUUGGAAUAGACACGAUUUUGUCCAGUGCCAGUUCGGGCAGCCCCGGCAUGAUGAACGGAGAUUUCCGCCCGCUCGGUGAGGCGAGGACUGCGGAUUUUAGGAGUCAGGCCACCCCGUCCCCCUGUUCGGAGAUUGAUACCGUGGGAACGGCGCCUUCCUCUCCGAUCUCGGUCACCUUGGAGCCCCCGGAGCCGCAUCUGGUAACAGACGGGCCCCAGCAUCACCACCACCUCCACCAUAGCCAACAGCCGCCGCCAGCCGCGGCCCCCACGCCGAGUUUGCAGCCUUCACCCCAACAGCAACCGCUGCCGCAGCCUCAGCCCGCCGCCCAGCAGCUGGGCUCGGCCGCCUCGGCCCCCAGGACUUCCACCUCUUCUUUUUUAAUUAAGGACAUCUUGGGAGACAGCAAACCUCUGGCGGCGUGUGCACCCUACAGCACCAGCGUCUCCUCUCCCCACCACACCCCGAAGCAGGAGAGCAACGCAGCACACGAGAGCUUCCGGCCAAAGCUGGAGCAGGAGGAUAGCAAAACCAAACUGGACAAGCGGGAAGAUUCUCAGAGCGACAUCAAAUGCCACGGAACAAAGGAGGAAGGAGACCGGGAGAUUACAAGUAGCCGAGAGAGCCCCCCAGUGAGAGCCAAGAAACCUCGAAAAGCCAGGACGGCUUUCUCAGACCACCAGCUCAAUCAGUUGGAGCGUAGCUUCGAGCGACAGAAAUACCUGAGCGUCCAGGACCGCAUGGAUCUGGCAGCUGCUCUCAACCUCACUGACACCCAAGUUAAGACCUGGUACCAGAACCGCAGAACCAAGUGGAAGCGGCAGACUGCAGUGGGCCUGGAGCUGCUGGCAGAGGCCGGGAACUACUCCGCACUGCAGAGGAUGUUUCCGUCGCCUUAUUUCUAUCACCCGAGCCUGCUGGGCAGCAUGGACAGCACGACGGCUGCCGCGGCUGCCGCGGCCAUGUACAGCAGCAUGUACCGGACUCCUCCGGCACCCCACCCGCAGCUUCAGCGGCCUCUGGUGCCCCGCGUGCUCAUCCACGGCCUGGGGCCUGGGGGACAGCCGGCCCUCAAUCCUUUGUCCAACCCCAUCCCAGGCACCCCUCAUCCCCGGUGAAGAAGGAGGGAAGACGCUGCAAUCCCUCCAGGUCCCCGACCCGACCCGGACAGCUGCCCCGCCUCUCCCCGCACCAGGCCAUCAGGCCUCCCUUCCAGCAGCCUUGGGAGGCAGAGGAGUAAGAGAGAAGACGCUCACCAAGGGGCGGGGGUCCCCCAAAGAUCAGCCAGCCCUUUGCUUUCCAUCUACCCCAGCAGAGGCAGGGCUGGAUAACUCCCCAGCAGCAGUGACUGGUGAAAAUGCUGACCCCACUGAGUGCAACCAGUAAGUGAAAACAGCAACAUAAACAAAACCUCGAGUUCUUAAAAAAA